AUGAUCAAUAUGUUCGCGUUAUCACCAACUUGGCCGCCUUCAGCCAUCGGAUUGGAGUCGGAGCAAUAUUCCAUAAAUCAAGACCAGUACUGCCAGAGCUAUGAAGACCCCCAGACAUUCGAGUCUGCUCAUCAUAAACAAGUCGGGCUUGACCCUCAUGCUCACGUGACAGCACCAACGGCGCCUGUUGGUGGUGGUGGUGGUGACCCAAAAAUGGUUCAAAAGCUUAAUCACAAUGCUAGCGAGCGUGCUCGUCGCAAGAAGAUGAAUGGUCUGUACUCGUCUCUACGUUCGCUGCUUCCAGAGGCAGAUCAGAUGAAGAAAUUAAGCAUUCCGACCACAGUUUCAAGGAUGAUAAAAUACAUACCGGAGCUGGAACAGCAAGUGGUGGGACUGAUUCAAAGGAAGGAAGAGCUUUUGUCGAGGAUUUCUAGGCAGGUAGAUCAAAAUACUCAUCAAGAAAACCAACCAAAAGGAUCAGUUGCUGCAUGGAUCUCUUUGUCUACUGUUUCAGCUAGUCGGGUUAAUGAUAGAGAAGUUGUGAUUCAAAUACCAACAUGUGAAGACCAGAAGACUCCAUUAUCUGAGAUACUUCUCGCUUUAGAGGAGGAUGGACUUCUACUACUUAAUGCGUCAUCCUUUGAGGUCUUUGGAGGGAGGGCCUUUUAUAACUUACAUCUUCAAGAGGUUGAAAGAAGUACUCAAAGUUUGGAGUGCGAGACUCUUGAGUGA